CGAGUAAGCACUGCUUCAUGAAAAGAACGCAUAUGACCUCUUCAAGGCUCCAAGACUUAAAAGGACGAGAUGGAUUGGAAGUCCACUCAAGAGCCACUCACUCUUCUCUCGGGCGUUGUAUACAAAUUGCACUCUUCUCAUCUCACACCCUUCUACUCCUUGACGAAGGUUUUACUUGAACAAGCAUGGGUCAUCCAGAGGAAGUCGAUAUCAUCGUGUGUGGCGGUGGUCCAGCAGGUUGUGUUGUUGCUGGGCGAUUGGCCUAUGCCGACCCCAAUCUGAAAGUAAUGCUCAUCGAAGGUGGCGCCAAUAACCGCGAUGACCCUUGGGUGUACCGACCCGGUAUCUACGUUCGAAACAUGCAGCAAGACGGAAUAAAUGACAAGGCUACUUUUUACACGGAUACCAUGGCCUCCUCGUACAUGAGAGGAAGACAGAGUAUUGUUCCCUGUGCGAAUAUUCUUGGUGGUGGAAGUAGUAUCAACUUCCAAAUGUAUACUCGGGCGUCGGCUUCUGACUGGGAUGAUUUCAAAACCGAAGGCUGGACCGCUCAAGACCUUCUUCCACUCAUGAAAAGACUCGAGAAUUACCAGAAGCCCACAAAUAACGAUACUCAUGGAUAUGAUGGGCCUAUUGCGAUUAGUAACGGUGGAACGAUUACCGCCCUUGCCCAAGACUUCCUAAGAGCCUCUGAUGCAAUAGGAAUCCCUUUCAGCGAUGACAUCCAAGACCUCGAUACUAGCCACGCAUCGGAAAUCUGGGCGAAGUAUAUCAACAGGCAUACUGGAAGGCGAAGUGAUGCCGCCACAGCCUACGUGCAUAGCGUCAUGGAUGUCCAGAGCAAUUUGUACUUGCGUACAAACGCCCGCGUCAACCGCGUCAUCUUUGAAGGCAACAAGGCCGUUGGAGUAGCUUACGUUCCUUCCAGGAAUCGUGCUCAUGGUGGACAACUCAAGGAGACGAUCGUCAAAGCUCGUAAAUAUGUUGUUCUGAGCAGUGGUACUCUUGGUACUCCUCAGAUCUUGGAACGAUCUGGUGUCGGUGACUCAAAGCUUUUGCAAAAGUUCGACGUCAAGGUUGUUAGCGACCUUCCAGGCGUCGGCGAGCAAUAUCAGGAUCAUUACACUACGCUUUCGCUGUACCGUGUCUCAAAUGAGAGUGCAACACUUGAUGAUUUCCUUCGUGGCGACAAGGAAGUUCAGAAGGAGUUAUUCAACGAGUGGGAAACUAGCCCAGAGAAGGCUCGAUUAUCGUCGAACGCCAUCGAUGCUGGAUUCAAGAUUCGACCAACCGAGGAAGAACUCAAGGAGAUGGGUCCGGAGUUCAAUGAACUUUGGGACAGAUAUUUCAAGGACAAGCCCGAUAAGCCUGUUAUGUUUGGCUCGAUUGUCUCUGCAGCCUAUGCGGACCACACUCUACUCCCUCCUGGGAAGUAUAUCACGAUGUUCCAAUACCUCGAAUAUCCCGCUAGUCGUGGACGUAUUCAUAUAUCCUCUCCCAACCCAUACAAGGCCCCCACUUUCGAUAGUGGUUUCAUGAACAAUAAGGCUGACUUUGCGCCAAUUCGAUGGAGUUACAAGAAGACGCGUGAGAUUGCGAGAAGAAUGGACGCGUUCCGUGGAGAAUUGACAUCUCAUCACCCCCACUUCCAUCCCGCAUCCCCUGCGGCCUGCAAAGAUAUCGAUAUCACAACGGCGAAACAACUGAUGCCCGACGGAUUUACAGUUGGGAUUCACAUGGGAACUUGGCACAAGCCGGGGGACAAGUAUGAUGCUAGCAAAGUCCACGAGGACAUAAAGUACACUGAAGAGGAUGACAGAGCGAUAGAUGAGUGGGUAGCGGACCAUGUCGAGACGACGUGGCAUAGUCUUGGUACAUGCGCCAUGAAGCCACGCGAUGAAGGUGGCGUUGUCGAUGCGCGUCUGAACGUUUUCGGUACACAAAACCUCAAGUGUGUCGAUUUGAGUAUUUGCCCAGAUAACCUCGGAACGAACACCUACUCCUCUGCAUUACUCGUCGGGGAGAAGGGCGCACAGUUGAUCAUUGAAGAACUCGGCCUGAAGGUCAAACUUCCGCAUGCGCCUGUUCCUCAUGCACCCGUUCCGAAAGGUGUUCCAGCUACUCAGCAAGUUCGCUGAACUCAACGGAUAAGCUUUUCUUCAAGUGAGACAAUGCAGUAUGUGUAUGAUUACGUGGCAGAAUUUUCGGGAACAGGAUACUUAGUGUAUGAUACGCUUGUACAAUACUUUAUGAAGCUACAUGUAUGUACAAUCAUAUGUUUUGACUCGAAUGGAGUCUUCACUUUUCUUUCUGGCCCUCUGUUUUAAAUACAUCGCCGUUAAAAACAAAAGAUCCAGU